AUGAAGCUUCCAAUCCCACAAGAUAUUCAUCCUUCUAUCAGCCUAAUUCCAGAACUAACAUGCAAAUCAUGCAGUUUAUCAUUUUUAACUGCUCAAGAUCUAGCUCUUCACCAAUCUGAAGUUCAAAAAGAACGCCUAGCUCCUCCCCCUCCUCCAUGAGCGAACAAAACCAUUAGAAAAAUCCCUAUUUUUUGCUCAAAAACCUAUCCUUUGUGAACAAAAUUUUUUUAAUAUAAAAAUUUUUAUAGAAAAAUAUUUUGAUUUAUAAUGGAAUCUUGAGCUAAUUCUGUUUAAUUUUAAUUUUAAAACAUAAAUUUUACAAAUUAAUUAAUAUUUGCUUUCCAAUUUUUGCGAAGUGGGUUUUUUUAAAAAAAAAUUGUCUAUCAAACUUUAAAUUAAAUUUUUUAAAAAAAUUAACUUCCUCCAUGAGCAAACAAGAUUUUUUUGUUCUCUCACUGAGGGGGGAGUAAGAGAGCCAGGGGUUUUCGAAAUUCCAUCCAAAAUAGAAAACCCGCAGCCUCCUUCUGAUAAGUCGGAGCUCACCUGUUUCGAAUGCUCGAAGAUAUUUUCUACCGAAAAAGGUCUCCAUCAGCAUGAAGGCAAAAUUCAUAACUUCAGCAAAAGAUCUUUCAAAUGUCAAAUUUGUUACAAAAAAUUCAGGGAUCAGUCAGCUCUGAAAUUUCACUCUAGACAAGUUCAUGAGAGAAGUACUAGAGUGAGCUGUGAAGACUGUAAACAAACGUUUUACAGCAAGUAUGUUUUUGAUAAACAUCUGAAAAAUUGCGCAAUCCAAGAAUUAUAA